UCCAUUAAUGUGCCAGGCAUUUGCUUUACCAAAGGUACACAAGCUUCUGUGCUUGGAGAUUAAAUUGUUUAUGUUACCUGUUGACACUAUAAACUUAGCAACCAGGUUACAGGCACAAACCUCUGAGCUAAUUAAAAGUCUCUAACAACACAGAGGCCAGGCUUAGUGAUGCUGCCAGGGGAAGGAUAGCAACCAUUAGGAAGAGACAAAUAAAUAAAUAUUCAGUCUCAGUUGCCUUCCUGUGAACAUCACAACCUGCAGCACAAAAGUAUGUUGAGAGAAAUGGCAGGAAAAAGCUGUGUCUGUGAACUUAUGAAUGCCUGUUCUCGUUCUGACCUCGGAGUGAAACUGAAGCUUUUAUCUGCUUCUCUCAAUCUCUCCUCAUCUUGUAUUACUGUUUUUUAAUAAUGGUAUUAUUCUGUGAAAACUGUGGAGGGGGAAAAAAAUGGGCACUGAAAGCCUAUCUGCCUCUGUUUAGCUUUUCAACCUGCUUUUGCCUGCCUACUCUUCCAGAAGAUAAUGGCAGAUCCUUCAGUGGUGGAUCACCUGACACGACUGAAACUCAAACUCCUAGAAAAGAGACUAGAAAAUGAACAGGAGAACCUAAGGAAGAUGGACUUUUCUCUCCCAGCUGCAAGGAACAGACCCCAGGACAUUCUCCAAAGUGCCCUGAGGCAAAGGAAAGAUCUGCUGCAGGAGCUUAGGGAGCAGCACCUCCUGGAAGAGCUUUCACAGCCACCUGCAACAGAUGGGGGACACUGCCAUGACCACAGAGCUGCCCUCCCACAAAUCUACCAGAUCCCUUUUCCAGCUUCCCAAGGAGAGCCACCAAGGAUUAUCCAGCAGACCAUGCCAACUCAGCCUGCCACCAUCAUCCAGCAGCUGCCUCAGCCCUCCCCUCUGAUCACACAGAUUCCCCCAGCCCAGCCCUUUGCAGCCCCCCGCUCUGGGAGCAUUAAAGAAGAUAUGGUGGAGAUGAUGCUGAUGCAGAAUGCUCAGAUGCACCAGAUCAUGAUGCAGAACAUGAUGCUGAAGGCUCUGCCGCCGAUGCUGCUCACACAGCUUGGGGGGGCCAGCUCUGGCCCACUCCAGCACACACAGCAGGACCUGCAGCUUGCUGCUCCCCUGGCUGUGAGAGCAGAGAGGCCCAAGGCACCUGUGGUGCACCACCACCACCAUUACCCUCCCUCGGGGGUGUUCCCAGUGCCCCCCAGGAGCUUUCUGCCCACAUCCACAGAGCAGCACUGGACUGCCAGCUCUGCCCAGCCCACCUGCCUGCCACCACAAGGUGGCCCACAUACUGACAGUACAGGAUCCUCUGCAAGUGGACCAUAGCCUUUCUAAAACCAACAAAUCCUGCUGUUCUUCCUCAGCCAUUCACAUGUCUUUUUUUUCAGCAACAUAAAUCAAGCACUUUUCCCUCAUUUACUUUUCCCCAGAGGACAAGCUUUAAUCCACACCCAUGUUAUCCUGUUCUUUUUAGUUUUAUUUUUGACUUCUUAAAAGGCUCACUCAGAGUUUUUAUCAGGCAACACUUUUUCAUACUCUCAGCAGCCUGAUUUUGCUUAAUAUAGAAAGGUGAACAAUGAUUUUAUAGCACUUUCUCAAUAUCUUCCCACUUUCUGUUUUUAGAGUGGAGAACAUCUGUACUGGGUUUGCCUGGUGCAGUUUGUGAGUGAGUCUGAUUAAGAAAACCCAGGGACCUACAUUUUGUUUGUAAUGAAGAAAAGAUAGUUAACUAUCACUUCUGGAAGCUAAUCAUGUGCUGUCUGUGUUGCAAAAACAAUUAAUGAAUAAUUUAUUUACUAUGUAAAACCUACCUUGCUCUUUGCCCUCUCUGCUCUGUUGUCUUUGAGAUUCUUAUUGCUCUCUACAAGUUCUCACUUUUUACAACUACCUGAAAGAGGAAAUGGCCUCAAGUAGUGUCAUGGGAGUUUGGAUUGAAUAUUAGGAAGAAACUCUUAACUGAAAACAUUGUCAGACAUUGGAAGAGGCUGCCCGGGGAAGCACUUGAGUCCUGCCCCAUCCCUGUAGGUCUUUGACAGCCAUGAAGAUGUGGCAUUUAGGGUCAUAGUGGUGUGCUUGGCAGUGCUGGGUUAACAGCUGGGACUCUAUGUUCUUAGAGGGCUUUUUCUGCCUUAAUGAUUCUCUGAGACAAAUCUGCUGGGACCUGGCAGGUUAAGCAAUAAAUUGUAUUCAGUGAUACAA